CGAAUAUAAAGUAGACUUUGCAAAAUGGUACACACCUUGUGAGUCAGGAUUAAACAUUUUAUCUUCUCUGUUAACGGCUAUCACGAAUUCUUCGAUUUUGAACAUAUCUCGGAGCAACGAACUUCUUUACCGGUGUCUGAAAUCUCUAAAGUGUGGUUGUGUUCGUUUGUUAAUUCCAUUGACAGACGCAUGAAAAUUUUGUUGCUACGCGGUCGAUUCGAUAGAAUAGCAAGAUCGAAUACGUGGUAAAAAUAAAUGUUUUUGAAAAAAAGCACAAAAGAAAAAUAUUCGUAAUAAUUAUUCGAUUUUUUAGUGAAAUAUUUAUUGCAGUACAUGUGUAUCGUCCAAUCAUUAUCGAAGAAACCGUUAGAAAUUUCCGUUGUAUGCGCAUUUGAACGAUCUAGUAUACAUUUGUCAUUUGCGUGCGGGAACCACUCCCGAUUGGUGUUACGGUGUUUCCGCGAUACUCGUUAUUUAAAGGAAGAAUACAGAUAUGGCUGUUAAUGUUUAUGCAACAAAUGUGACAACUGAAAACUUGAGUCGACAUGAUAUGUUGGCAUGGGUAAAUGACUGUCUUCAAUCAUCAUUCACCAAGAUUGAAGAAUUAUGUACUGGAGCUGUUUAUUGUCAAUUCAUGGAUAUGCUUUUCCCUGGAAGUGUGCCAUUGAAGAGGGUCAAGUUCAAGACUAACCUUGAGCAUGAAUAUAUACAGAAUUUUAAAAUUUUACAAGGUGGUUUCAAAAAAAUGAAUGUAGAUAAGGUAAUACCAGUGGACAAAUUGGUAAAAGGCCGCUUUCAAGACAAUUUUGAAUUUCUACAAUGGUUCAAGAAAUUCUUUGAUGCAAAUUAUGAUGGCCGCGAGUAUGAUGCUUAUGAAGCACGUGGUUGUAUACCAUUGGGUUCUGGUGUUGAUGGAACUCAUAAUUUAUCAAAUCCUCAAUUGGUACCUUUACCACCUCAAUCAAAACAGACGCAAAUGCAGCAAAAGCAUACACAGCAACGUAACAUUACCCCUCGCCAACAGGUUACCAAAGCUCCAGCUCAUCGUCCACAAGCGAAAACAGGAGUUGGCAACCGCGGCGAAGCUGGAAAAGUUGAAGAACUCAGUGCACAGGUGAUGGAAUUAAAAAUGUCUUUGGAAGGAUUGGAAAAAGAAAGAGAUUUUUACUUUGGAAAAUUACGUGAUAUUGAAGUUAUGUGCCAAGAUUGUGAUAACGGAGAUCCUCCACCAAUAGUCCAGAAAAUAUUAGAAGUUCUUUAUGCGACAGAGGAAGGAUUUGCACCACCAGAAGAAUUGGAAGGAGAUGGUCUCGCGCCCGAUGACGAGGAAGAAUAUUAACUUUACAUUUUGUACAAUCAUUAUAAAAAGUACGACAGCAAAUUGUCCAAGUGCGUUUCAGUUUAUUAUCUAUUUGUGAGCCAGUAUCAGUACCCUUCGCAUAAUUGAUAAGCUACUUUGUAAAGCUAUUUAAGCAUUUUCGCCUUCAUUUCGUUACAAACGUUUCACCGAGAGUUCAUUAAAAGAUUCGCACGUAUAAUUAGGAUAGAAAGUACGUUAAAUAAUGCACUUGAAUAACUUGUACUCUACGAAAAGUAAUUAUUAAGAAUGAAAACAGAAUUAGCAGUUCAUAUAUUGUCAUAGUUCUUUAUCGUAAUUAAAAUAACGGUAGAGCUUGAACAUCGACAAAUCUCAAAAUACGAAGGAAAAAAUGAACAAAUAUUUUUGGAUGCAGAUUACCUGACAAGUUGUCUGAAUCCAGUUUGUUAUACAGUAAUUUUAUGUUAACUAUGUUCAAUAAUGUGUGAGUGUUUUUUUGUUUGUAAAUGCACUAUUGUUUUUAUCGAUAAAUAGAUGAAAUCUCGUCGGUUUGUCCUUUCGUACCUUGUAGUUCUCCGAAAUUAUAGAUUGUAUGAACGCAUAAUCUAUAGUAUAACUGUUUCAAACCUGUUUCAAGUCAUUGUUAACAUUUAUUUGCAUCGAUCAUAAAUGUAAAACGAUAUAUGAUGUAUGUCGAAAACUGAUUCACGAAACGCAUUAAAUUGAAUUUCCUAAGUUUUAUACAUACCUUCGAUUUUUUUCUUCUUUUUUAACUUAAUGGAACAAUACAUACAUUAUGUUUCCAUAAUAAAAUUGUAAAACUCGUAGAAAUGAUUGCAAUUUAAAAUCUAAACGAGCGACAAUAUGGAAAUAUAAAUAAAGUAUAAAUAAUCAUCGAGAAAUAAUAUGAUCACGAAUAAAUGAAACGACGAUGAUAUUCAUUUCUGUUUCCACUAUAUUUUGGAGAUGCGAAAGAUUGUUCGAUCUGGACAUUGGAUUUUGAAUCAAUGCGUCUGAUUCAUUUUUGCAAAGAUAGUAAUUUAUUUCACGCGAGUAGAUAUGCGAACAUCUUCGUAUCUCCAUGAUCCGUCUUUCAGAACGAGAAUGGCCUUAAAAAGCAGCGAUAAACUUGAGAUUACAGAAGAAAUACUCGAAUUAUUUAGAGAGCAAAUGCAAAAUAUAUCUCUCAAAGUAAUACGACAUAAUUAAUAAAAAAUUACGUUGCAAGCGCAAAGAAACGCUUAGCUUUUGAACAGACAACAAAUAAAACAACUAAAAAAAUAAAUGAAUAAAUAAAUAGAUAAAAAUGAAGAAAAACUAACGAAGAAAAUUUAUAAAAUUGUAUGAUCGAAGAAUGAGUGAGAGAUAACGAGCGAAAGAGAUAAAAAUCAGGCAAGCAAAAGUAAGCAAAAUUAUACACGUAUUAUUUGCUAAGUUUGCGAUGUAGCUUGGCACGUGUGUAUUUUAAAAAAUAUAGGAUUUAAAUUAAAGCAUACAAAAACAAUUUUAUGUAUUUGAUAUUUUAAAUUUUCUCUUAAGGAUGAAUCAUAGAUAUUAAAAUAAUGCGUCGAUUAUUAUUGUUAUUAUUAUUUCCAUUGUAUGAAAUGUAAUGCUCGUAUUAAUUAUAUGCAACGAUUUUGAAAAAGGUACACGACGCAUUUUAACUUGCGCUACGUUCAUUGCUCUAUGUGUGCGUUUACAGCGAGAAUGUGCUUCAAAAAUUUGAAAUUUUUAAUGAUGAGGUAAUAAAUGUUUAAUAGGAUUCAA